AUGAAUGGAAACAGUAUAAAGGAAACUCAGGUGGAAGAGAGACCCUAUCAAUGUAGCCAAUGUGAAAAAAGCUUCAAACUCAAGUUAAACCUUUAUCAACACCAAAAAGUUCACACAGAAAAGGCCCUGUAUAUAUGUAAGCAGUGUGGGAAAAGUUUUAAGUGUAGCACAGCCCUUAUUCGGCAUGAAAGAAGUCACACGGGAGAGAAGCCCUAUAAAUGUGAGGUGUGUGACAAAUGCUUCAGUUACAAGUCAGACGUUGCCAGACACCAUGUAACCCACACUAAAGAGAAGCCUUAUAAAUGCUCAGAAUGUGGGCGGAGCUUCAACAAAAAGGCCAACUUGAAAGCACACCAAGAAACCCACACAGGGGAGAGGCCAUACGAAUGCUCUGAAUGUGGCAAGAGGUUCAUUACUCAGGCCAACCUUAAGAGGCAUCAAAGAAUCCACACAAGAGAAGAGCCAUAUAAAUGCUCGGAAUGUGAACAGAGCUUCAAAUUUGGCACACAGCUUACCAGACACCAGAGAACCCACACAGGAGAUAAACCAUACAAGUGCUCAGACUGUGGUGUUGCACAGUGGAGACAAAACAGAAGGAAAUAUUCGGAAAAAACACAGGAUGAGAUGGUAGAGCAGAACCUCCCAAGUCAGGAAGGACCAAGGAGGGAAAAAGAAAGCCACACAGAACAGAAGACAGCCAAAUCCAUCGUUCCUCAAAGUGGCUUCUUCACUAACCAAGGAGACCAACCAGAAAACAGAGAUUCUUUGAGAACGUCCACAGAGGAGAAAACAAUUCAAAGGGCUGAGUCUGGAGAAAUAAGCAGUGGGAGCAGCAACAAUGGAAACAGCCCCACAUGCCCUACAGAGGUGAAGCGAUUUACUUGUUUGGAGUGUGGAAGGAGCUUCUGGAAUCAGAAGCAGUUUGCUGCCCAUCAGAGGAUUCACACAGGACAGAAAUCACAUAAAUGUGCAGACUGUGGAAAGAGCUUCUGCACAAAAUGGAACCUUACAAUACACAAAAGAACCCACACAGGGGAGAAGCCUUUCAAAUGUACCGUGUGCAAGAAAAGCUUCACUGACAGCUCAAACCUUACUAAACAUCAAAGAAUUCACACACAGGUGAAGCAUUUCAAAUGGGAGAAACUGUACAAGUGUGAACAAUGUGGAAAGAGCUUCACCCGUAAAUCAGACCUCAAGAGGCAUCAAAAGCACCACACAAGGGAGACGCCCAACCAGAAUUCAAAUCUCAGUCAGAGUACAGGUGAUGAAUCGAGACCUCAUGAAGCAGAAGAUAUGCAGGUAACUGAGAAAGAAGGAGAACAUUGUGCGAUGUUGUCAACAGGGUCUGAGCACAAAGAGAUGAACAAGAAUGUGAUGCAGGGAACUCAAGUGGAAGAGAGACCCUAUCAAUGUAGCCAAUGUGAAAAAAGCUUCAAACACAAGAGGAACCUUUAUCAGCACCAAAGAGUUCACACAGGAGAGGCCCCCUAUAUAUGUCAGUGGUGUGGCAAAAGCUUUAAGAGGAGCUCGUCCCUUAUUGAGCAUGAAGGAAAUCACACGGGAGAGAAUCCCUAUAAAUGUGAGGUGUGUGACAAAUGCUUCAGUUACAAGUCAAAACUUGCCACACACCAAGUAACCCACACUAAAGAGAAGCCUUAUAAAUGUUCAGAAUGCGGGCAGAGCUUCAGCCAAAAGUGCAACUUGAAAGUACACCAGAGAACCCACACAGGGGAGAGGCCAUACGAAUGCUCCGAAUGUGGCAAGACGUACGUUACUGGAUCCAACCUUAGGGUGCAUCAAAGAAUCCACACGAAAGAGAAGCCUUAUGAAUGA